AGGUGAUCCGUCAACGCUGACAGACAAUGCUGGCCUUCUCGGUUAGUUAGGGAGACGUUUGGAGGCGAGACGUUGUGGUGGUUAGCGCUAUUUAGCUAUAACGCGUGUCGUUGCACGCAGUGUUGACCUUUCACGAAUCAAGGUAUUCUUAUCAGUAAACAUCUGCUUUGGUUUUGUUCAUCUGCUGUUGCCUAAUUGUAGCAUACAAGUCUGCGUACGUUGCGAAACUUCGAUAGCACUGCUUAUCCUUGAUGUAAACAGAGCAGCGACAUUGUUUAUACGAUAGGGUGUGAAAGUCCAGCACGUGCCAACUUUCAUCACCUGUUACUUGAGUGGCUGUGUUCUCAAUACCAGAAACUACUGCAAUCCGUUGUCACCUUCUCUCGCUUUCAUUUGCACUCCUCAAACGCCCAACUAUGGACGUUACUACCAACGGCCCAUCGGCACCUCGGCCUGCAGUAAGUGCUGAGGCAGAGAACGCUGCGCUGGCAACUCAAGUCCUCGAAAUAGGAGCACAGAGAAAAGAUGAGGCCGUUGAAACUAAUGCGCACAAUGACGAUGUCUCUGUGGAGCCAAAGAAGGCACCCCAGGCUAACAUCAGGAACUACUUCCGAGUGUUUUCUUUUGGAACUGCAUUUGACUUUGCGCUUAUUUCGUUGUGCUGCGUUACUUCAAUAGGCUCAGGAGUUGCUUUCCCGCUGAUGAACGUCGUUUUUGGCCAAUUGGUGGGCUCGUUUACAAACUAUUUUAUUCCAGGCACAACAGUGACAUCUCGACAGUUCCAAGCAGAAGUCAACGAACUCACAAUUUAUCUGGUGUACCUGUUUAUCGCCAAGUUCUUCCUAUCAUACAUCUCAAUGCUCACGAUUCGAAUCAGCGGUCUCCGAAUAUCUUCUGCAUUGCGACUAGCAUACUUGCGAGCUUUGUUUGCGCAGCCAGUCAGCGUUAUCGAUACCAUCAGCCCUGGAAAAGUGUCAACACGUAUCACGACCUCAUCCAACACGAUUCAGCUCGCCAUUUCACAGCACUUUGCUACGCUGUUCCAAUCGCUCGCUUUCGUCAUCGGAGCCUAUGUCGUGGCAUUCAUCAAGAGUCCACUGCUUACGCUGGUUGCUUCUGCUUCGUUUCCAUUCAUCUUGCUGGUCUACGGUGCCCUAGUCCCACCAUUCAUGCGAAUACACAAGAUCACUGAGAAUCACCAUGAUGAUGCCUCCGCCAUGGCAUUUGAGGUAUUCUCGUCUAUCCGCAUCGUUGUUGCGUUCGGUGCAGAGGCGAAGUUGUUAAGACAGCAUGAGGACAUGCUGGAUAAGGCUGCCAAGAAUGAACGAAGGGCAGUGCCUCUGAUGGGUCUUAUGAUGUCGCCUAUGAUGGUUGGACAGUAUGGCACUUUUGCUAUUGCUUUCUGGUUUGGUAUCAAGCGAUAUUCUGAAGGCAAAGAAGACAGCGUCGGGACUAUUACCAUAGUUCUAUUUUCUGUCAUGAUGGCAGUGAUGAACUUUGGCAGGGUCGUCUCUCCAAUGAUUGCCAUCGCAAAGGCUUCGUCUGCUGCUGCCGAACUGUUCGCCACCAUUGACGCACCAGUUCCCAAUACUUCUGGACUGAAAGAGCCAGAUAUUGCUGCUGAUUCCAACAUCACAUUCCAUAAUGUAGAGUUUUCCUAUCCCAGCCGACCGGACGUUCCGAUUCUCAAGGGCCUUGAUCUCGUAUUCGAAGCUGGCAAAGUCACCGCUAUUGUUGGUCCAUCUGGAAGUGGAAAGUCUACUAUUGUCAGUUUGGUGCAGCGCUGGUACGAUCUUAGCGGUAUGAAAAUCUUAGCAGCGCCUAAACCCCAAAUAUUCACUUCGGCAUCUGACACCGAAGCAAGUCAUGAGAGGAAUGUCAGAAGUAAUAAGAGCGAGGAAGAGGAACCUGAGUUAGGACCAAAUACAUGCACGGGAAAUAUAAAGAUUGGCAACACUGAUCUAAGCCAAGUCGAUCUCAAGUGGUGGCGAUCUCAAAUCGGUAUCGUCCAACAAGAGCCCUUCCUCUUCAAUGACACUAUCUAUAACAAUGUCGCGUUCGGUCUGAGCGGCACAAGCUAUGAAGACUUGCCUAAAGGAGAAAAGAUGAGAAUGGUGGAGGAGGCAUGUCGGGAAGCCUACGCCGAAGAAUUCAUCACAAAGCUACCCGAAGGAUACAAUACUUUGGUAGGAGAAAGUGGCAUCAAAUUAUCAGGCGGGCAACGACAGCGCAUUUCCAUCGCAAGGAGCAUCAUUAAACAGCCACCUGUGUUGAUCCUGGACGAAGCAACAAGCGCCAUCGACGUCAGGACUGAGCUUAUUGUUCAGCAAGCACUCAGUCGCGCCUCUAAAGACAGGACAACUAUUAUCAUUGCCCAUCGCCUUUCUACCAUCAGGAGAGCGGAUAAGAUUAUUGUCUUGCGACAAGGAAGACUCAUAGAGCAAGGCACACACGAAGAACUGUUGAAGGUUGAUGCAGGCGUCUACUACGGCCUUGUCCUCGCACAAGAUAUUACUAUGAAAGCCGAGCAUGGUGACAACGACAUGGUACUGAAAAAUAUCAAGAGUGCUCCUACCGAAGUUAUGGAGGAGCUCACAGUGGACAGUCAUUAUGCCGAAACAAUGAAAUCAGAGUAUAAGCGGCAGGGUCUUCUUCGUAGCUUUGGCCGGCUGAUUUAUGAGCAACGUCAGCACUCGAUCCUCUACACUCUCGCUAUCGUGGGCAUUUUAGCAAGUGGCGCCGUCUACCCACUUCAAGCUUGGAUCUUCGCCAGCGUUAUCAAUGUCUUCACACUCCCAAUGACAGAACUUGUCAGCAAAGGUAACUUCUGGGCAGGCAUGUUUGGUGUACUGGCAGCGAGUACUUUCUUAUCUUACUUCUGCAUGGGAGCGGCAUGCCAACUUAUUUCGAUUACAGUCACGCUCAAGUACAGACAAGAGUAUUUGAACAAUCUUAUCCGGAAACGCAUUGCCUUCUUCGAUGACCAAGGCCAUAGUCCAGGGUCGCUCACAGCAAGCUUAAGUUCAGAUACUACACAGAUUCAGCAGUUAAUGGCGACAGAAAUGUCACUGGCACUCAUUGCUCUUGUCAAUCUCGUGGGCUGCAUCAUCAUCUCAUUCGUCUACGGCUGGAAACUUUCGCUCGUUGGUCUCUUUGCAGCUCUCCCGCUCGUUCUAGCUGCCGGCUACCUUCGCGUGCGUUUGGAGAUGGAGUUUGAAAAAGCUAAUGCCAAAGUGUUCGAAAACAGCAGCCAGUUCGCUGCCGAAGCUGUUGGCGCUUUUCGCACUGUACUCAGUCUUAUUAUGGAAGACAUGGUUGGAAAUCAGUAUCGGGCACUGCUCGACGACCAUGUUACAAAGGCUUUCUCACACGUAAAAUACAGUACUAUCGUCUUUGCAGCAAGUGAGAGUGUCGAGCUGGGUGUCAUGGCCCUCACCUUUUGGUAUGGUGGCACAUUGCUUGCAUCCCGCGAGUACGAUAACGUCGAUUUCUUCAUCAUCUACCAAGCUAUUGUACAAGGCGCCAUUGCGGCAGGCAUGUUCUUCUCCUAUGCUCCCAAUAUGGCUCAGGCGACUGCUUCUGCCAACCGCAUCAUUAGUAUGCGUCCGUCAAGUACCUUAAGUUCGGCCCGUUACCAGCCGUUGCACCAAACGUCUGAAGGCGGGAGUAUUGAGUUCCAGAACGUAAGUUUCACUUACAAGUCUCGAGAAGUGCCCGUGUUGUCGAACCUCAACCUGCAAGUCGCACCAGGCCAAUUCGCCGCUCUCGUAGGUGCAUCUGGGUGCGGCAAGUCAACUACAAUCUCCCUACUGGAGCGCUUCUACGACGCAUCAAAUGGGCGUAUUCUGUUCAAUGGACAAGACAUCACGUCUCUCGACCCAUCAGAGUACCGGAAGCAGAUCGGCCUGGUCAGCCAGGAUCCUACUCUUUACCAAGGUACAAUCCGUGAAAACAUUGCCCUAUCCGUCGACGCAGCAAGCGACGAGAAUAUCGAAAAAGCAUGCCGCGACGCUCAGAUCCACGAAUUCAUCAUCUCUCUUCCUAACGGAUACAAUCAGCGUCUGGGUCCAAAAGGCAUAUCGUUAUCCGGCGGGCAAAAACAACGUCUUUCGCUCGCCCGUGCUCUACUACGCAAGCCCAAACUUCUUCUCCUCGAUGAAGCCACAUCCUCGCUAGAUUCUGAGUCUGAAAAGUUGGUCCAGGAAGCUAUCGAGCGCACCGCCGUAGAAGGCAGCAAAACGGUCAUUGCUGUGGCGCAUCGCCUUGCUACGAUUCAAAAGGCAGAUGUCAUCUUUGUGUUGGGGAGUGGCAAGGUGCUUGAGAGAGGCGAUCAUGAGAGUUUGUUGAAGAAGAGGGGAGUUUAUUGGCAGAUGUGCCAAGCUCAGGCGUUGGAUGGUUGUUAGUACUUGUUGAGUUUUGCAAAGUUAUAUAACUACAGCGAAGGCAAUACUACUUACUAGUUACAUGGCGCUGACGCGUUAGAGUUUUUUUUUGCUCAACUUGAUUUUCUUACGCAGUGUGGUGUAUGACGAUGGAAGCCGUUGUGGUUGUGAUAAUAGUAAACAAAACAUCGGAGCUCUUUAAUGUGAUUAUAAGCAAAAAUGGUGUUCAGGCCGGAAAUGGCGGCGAUCAGAGCACAAAUCCAAAACACUACUUACUCGGUUUUAACGAUUCCUGU